GCGUUAGUUACCUCUCCAGACGGCACAUCCAUGUUAGCGGUUCCCAUGUCUUCAUUGGUGGCAAAGGGAAACGUCAACAUCAAGUCAUCCGUAACCCCGGUUUCUAUCAGUUCUGCGGCUUUGAAGUCCAAACCUCCGAUUAUUACGCCCUUAAAGAUACUUCCGUUGAUGGCGUCGACCACUUCUUCGGCAGCGAUUUCGGUGCCGUCGAUAUCCCACUCCAAGAAUGUCCAGACACUGAUAGCGCCCGCAUCGGUGGCCAUCAAUAAAGGACUCACUAACCAAUCGUUCACAUCCACUAACACUGGUCUCACAUUAAUCCCGACCACUAUUUCCAAAAUUGUCUCUUCGGGUGAACUACUUUCAGAAAGCACUGUCCCAUCCGUUGUCGCAAACACUUCCAGUCACACAAACAAAGAAGAGACAGCUGUUAAAACCGAAGACAAAUCCCAGUCACCACUUCCUCCUCCACUUUUGGCUCAAAACAGUACUUUUGUAACAAAUGCAGUGACAAACUCGCAAACACUAACGCCUCCGGCCUUAACAUCGGUGGCCAUAAACCCGAACAUCAAUUCAAACACUGAUCAGCAAAACAAGAACAAAGAAUCUGAAAAUGAUUGCAAUUCUGUGACCGGAAUCGUGGAAAUGGAUUCUGUGAUCCAAAUUAUGGAAUGGAAGGAUGGAAUCGGAGUUUUGCCCGGAAGUGAUCUCAAAUUCCGAGUCGACGAAUUUGGACACUUGGAUAUGAUUAAUGGACAAAUCAUGGAUGCAUUGCCUAUCACCUCAACCAUUACCUCUGCUAUAACUUCCACCACUACUUCCACCACUACUUCCACCACUCCUUUGACUAACAUUAGUGUCAAAGAGGAAGAGAAGACAUCAGAUAAUACUUCGACACAAAUAACUCAAGAAUCGGACAAAAAUGAUGUUUUAAUAGAUAAUAAUGAAACGAAAGAAAGCGAUUCAUUGCUUAAAUGUAUAAACUGUGGGGAAAGGGGUUCGCCCAACACAUUCAUAAGACAGGGACGCUUUUGCAGCAAAUCUUGUGCCACAUUAGCAUCAAAUGAACUGAAAAUUUUUGCCAAAAGAAAUUGUGAAUUGACUUCACUUAAGACACAACAAGACGACGAGAAAAAGUCUCUAAAUAAAAAGCCAGAAGUCAUGAAAACUCGGAAACAAGUCUUAGAACCCGUUGUCUAUCAGACAGAAAACAGUAACCAAACCAUUGAAGGCGACAAAGAAAGCAAUGGAGACGCCAAUGAAGAAGUGGAAGACGUCGAGACCAAUGCCGGUAAUUAUGUUGAGAAUGUGAACAAUAGUCCCGCCUUCUCAUGGCGUCAAUACUUAAACAAAACCAAUUCAACGGCCGCUCCGAUCAAGUGCUUCAACGAAAGUCAAACAUUUCCCACAAUUAAGAAUAGUUUUAAGGUCGGCAUGAAGUUGGAAGGGGUUGACCCCCAACACCCCUCCAAGUUCUGCGUCCUAUCGGUUGUCGAAGUCUGUGGUUUCAGAAUACGAUUGCAUUUCGAUGGAUAUAAAGAAGUCUUCGACUUUUGGGUCAAUUGUGACAAUAAUUUCAUAUUUAGUGCCGGUUUUUGUGAACAAACGCAACGAAAAUUAGAGCCACCCGUCGGUAUCACUGCUGAAGAGUUCAAUUGGAAUACGUAUUUGCAACAGACGAGGGCAGUGGCGGCGCCCAAACACCUCUUCGUCAUCACUAGCUCUCAAUCUCUUACUCCGAAUGGUUUUCGAGUGGGAAUGAAAUUGGAAGCCGUCGACAGAGCCAACACAGCCCUCGUAUGUGUGGCCACUAUCGCCGAUAUAAUCGACAAUUGGCUUCUCAUUCAUUUCGAUGGAUGGGAUGAUAGUUACGACUAUUGGGCCGAAACUACUUCUCCAUUCAUUCACGCAAUUAAUUGGUGUCGAACAAAAGGUCGGUCUUUAACUCCACCGAAAGACUAUCACCGGUCGAGUGAGAAGUUCUUGUGGGAUGAAUAUCUAUCCGAAACGAAAUCACACGCUGUCUCUCCCCGUCUGUUCAAAACCCGGACAUCAAAUAACUUCAAAGUUGGCCUCAAAUUUGAAGCGAUUGAUAAGCGUAACCCACGAUUAGUACGGGUCUGCACUGUAUCGCACCGACAGUCGCAUUGUAUUAAACUUCAUUUCGAUGGUUGGGAUGAAAAAUACGACUAUUGGGUGGACGACGAUUCUCCAGAUAUACAUCCAGUGAAUUGGUGCCACAAAACUGGUCAUCAUUUACAGCCACCCCCUUCUUCGGAUUUUAUGGCUGUAAAAGAUAACGAAACGAUGUCUUUCUGUCCGACACCGGGAUGUCUAGGAAUUGGUCACAUUCGGGGUCCCAAAUAUUUAAGUCAUUACUCAGUGCACGGCUGUCCCUAUACUGACGCCAGACUCGAGUAUGAAUUGCCGGAUAGACUCGGAAAUAGAAAUUCCGAAGCAAUCACCACCGAAGACAUGGAUGACAGCCAAAUAUCUCCCUCACAGUCGCCCUCCCCUUCCGAAUCAAAUUCUAUAAAUUCGACCCAAAAAUGUCCAAAAAGUGUCAAAACCAGUCAACUAUCGUCGGGUAGUAAAUGUCGAAAACGCAAACUCGGUUCGAGUCCAACGAACGGCACUAACGGCGGACCCGUCUCUCCGAGCACUAACUCAGAGUCGGCCAAACACUCGCGUCCGUCAACGCCCUCAUCCAUAACCAACUUGUCUUCACUGCAACACUCGAUAUUCGCGAUGCGAAUGAGUCAACAACAACAGGAGGCGCCCGUCUGUUGGGACCGACACUCCAAGACUACAUUACCCGGUAUUGACAAAACCAAAUCCAAGGAUGUCUUGUUGUGGUCGCCCUCCAAAGUGGCCGAAUUCAUAGACCAGAUCCCCGGUUGCGAAGCCGUCGGACAAAUAUUUGCAGAACAGCUCAUCGAUGGCGAGGCGUUUCUGUUGCUCAAUCAGAACGAUAUCGUAAAAAUACUUGGCCUUAAGUUAGGUCCGGCCAUAAAGAUCUUCAACAGCAUUCUCGUCAUCCGCGACAAUGCCAUCAAUGAAGAUAAUCUC